UCGACGCGACCAAAACAAAUCCACACCCGCGCAGGCAUUUAUCACCCCUCAGCUCCACGGCAGUCGUCGCUUGCUGCCUGGUUGACUCCCUUUAUUACUUCAGCCCUAUUACUCUGCGUCUCAAUUGUCUCAGAUUUCUCAUACUUCGCGUUCAAUAACAUGGCCGCUCUGACAAUAACUCCCACGACCGUGCGGCAGCCCUUUGCGAGCUUGGAUGCACCACGCGUGCGACCCUUGCUCAAGUCAAAGAUGAACCUUAAGAACCAACAGAAUGGCGCGAUCCUGUCUGGCAAGAGGCAACCCCUCUCGGAGGUGGACACCGAGAACAUCGACCCCACAAUCUUCAACUCGUCGACAAAACGCAAGCGUGGCUCGGAUGAGGACGAGCACGAGUCCGUCAAGAAUAUUACAAAGCCCAUGAAGACCUCACGGAUCACGUUGACAACCGUGAAGUCCAACACAGCUCCUCGCAUCCCAACCACGCCCCCCAAGGCAUCCCUGUCUGCCCCCAAAUCCGCUCCCACUCUGAAACCGGCCGGACGUUCCCCACCGGCCAAACCGUGCAGGCCAUUCGCUCGCCGCUCGACCAUUGCGAAGAGCCGCCCUGAGCCUGCAAGCAAAAAGAGUGUCAAUCGCCCUUUUUCCCUUGCAGCCGCGCUGGCAAGUGGCAAGCCGACGAGCCAACCUGCCACAAAGGCUCCCUCGGGCUGGUCCUUCGACAUUUAUGUAGAUUCAGAACAGGAAGAGAUGACCAACCUUAUGCAGCACUCUACCUGUGUGCUGGAUAUCAGUGAUGACGAAGGCAAGGGGGAAUCGAUCACCCGAGGCAAGGAGAAUAUCCCCCCUGCCGAACUGGGAAUCGACCUUCCUCGCUCUCGCCAACGGGAAUCUCCCGCUGCUGCCGCCCGCAAGUCCGGCAUGAUGGAAGAACCUCGGGCUCCCCUUGGUGACCUGGAUGCUGCCGACUAUUAUGGCGAAGACUGCCACGCUUUCUCUUAUGCCAUCGUCUAUGACGACGAGGAAACCGAUGCCACUCCCGCCAAAAAGACGCUUCUUCCCACCUUACCUCGAUCCGGUCGUCACAGCCGUAGCAAACUCUCCAGCGUCUCUUCUAUCUCAUCUUUACUUGAAGCGACCACACCUGUUAAGCAGGUCGAGGACGCCAAGUCCAGACCAUCGGAGGCGGAGAUUGAGGUCUGGGAGAGUGGAAGCGCUGUGGAGGAAUCUCCUUAAGACACAAUGAAGCCGACUAAAUCGGCCUUGUGAUCAUAAUUCCAUCAUCAUUCAUUAUUCCUUUAAAUACGGGCGCACAGUGGAAAACGGAGUUAGGGUUUUAGCACUUGGAUUUUCUUUGCAUUGUUAUAUUCGAUACCCUUUUGGAUUACUUUCAUUUUUUUUUGUCUAUAUUAUUAUCUCGGGUCUUGAUGACCGGCCGACUGUGACUUGUUCCAGC